AUGGAUCCUGUAAAACUUUUAUUUUACACAGAACAAUAUGAAAAAGCUAAUAGAAAAAUUAAAUUAACUGAAAAAUUUGGAGCAAUACCAAAAAAAAAAUUAAUAACUGGUAAAUUUUAUUCAAAAUACGAAGGAAUUAAUUCAAUAAAUGCACCAGAUGAAUAUAUUAAAUUAAUCGAAAGACGUUAUGAAUUGAAACCGAGAGAUAUUUAUCCAUAUCGUCCACCCACUAUGAAUAUGACUUAUGGAUGGUUUGCUGAUGAAAUUUUUGUUAAAAAAUCAAAUGACCCAAGGCUUAAUUUUCCACUGACAGAAUGUGAUGUUGUUAAAACUGAAAUGAGAAUUCGUCAAGCUGAUAAAAAUUUAACACAAAAAAAAUUUCAGGGAAAAUCCUUUAAAACAUGA